AUGAAGUUCAUUGUGACCUUGACAGGUCUGGUUGGCCUUGCUGUAGCUUCGCCCUUCACCGAGCAUGACAGCUCUGGUGGUCUUAUGGCACGAGGUGGAAAGUGCUCUUUUCCUGAUAUCUACGAGACCUACCCAUCCACGCCUGAGCACAAGAAUAACUAUGGCUAUGGCCGCACCAUUUACGUCAAGUCAGGAAAGAGUAUCCAACAUGCAAUCAACCGAGCCUCUCCAGGCGAUCGUAUCGUUGUUCCAGCUGGUACUUACUCUGAACAACUCGUGAUUGACAAGGACGGCAUCCAACUCGAGGGUCGCGGCGCCAUCCUCACACAGCCAGGGCCAGAUAAGAUCAAGAAGAACGUCUGCACAGGCCUGACACAGGAUCCGCAGAAGAACGAGCUUCAGGCCGGUAUUUGUAUCACUGGCCACAAGGUCAAGACUACCCAGUUCAUUACUGAGCACAAGCGCGUCGAAUCUGUAGGAAGGUUCGUCACGGGUGUUACUGUCACAGGCUUCACCGUCCAGGGCUUCUCUGGCAUCAACAUCGCUAUCAUUGGUGCCAAGAAUACACGCAUCUUCAAGAACAAGAUGGUUGAUGGUAGAGCUUACGGUGGUCUCACACUUGGCUCCGUCAAGACCGUCUUUGAUGACAACGUCGUCACGACAACUCAGGGCGGAUUCAUCGCUAUUUGCAUGGACAACAAGUCUGACGUCUUUGCCAAGAAGAACGAUAUCUCUAAGCAUGCCGUUGGUCUCUGCGUCCAGACCGAUGGUGCAGUCAUGGAGUACAAUAAGCUUACUGAUAACUGCUUCGGUAUCUUUGUCGAUCCCGGUGUCAAGAACGCCAAGAUUGCUCACAACUACGUUGGCCCAACCCCUGCCAUUUGCGAUAAGAACGCAGGCGGCAUUGUCCUCGGUAGCUCAAUUGGCGUUCUUGUUCGAGACAACACUGUUGAGGGCCAGAAGGCUAGUGAUGGAUCAGGAGCAGGUAUUCGUAUCUACGAUGAUCCAUGUGUCGCUACGCCAACGAUGCCUUUGUCCCUUCGCUGCAUCGUCCUCGGAAAGCCUAUCAAGGCCAAGAACAACGUCGUCAUUCGAAAUACUCUGAAGAACAAUGACAAUGAUAUUCAGAACUUGAGCAAGGGCAGUGGAAAUGUUAUCAAGUGCAAUACUUGCAAGAAUGAAGCAAACAUCAAGGCCGGAUUUUGCAACAAGUCCUAG